AGACUGCAGAUUGUAUUUCCUUUUCAAAAUCACCACCAGAAGUUAAGUAAGCAAUACCAACUUUUUUUUGCCUUAGUUUGCUUUUCCUUUUUCUUCAAGUACAAAUUCCAAAAUCCAUGUAGUUGAGUAUCUUCCUAAUCUACCUUAAUGCCUACUCAUGCUAUAAUUCUAACAUCAACUCCUUUUAUAAUCUUUUGUUUCCUCAUCAUAUUUCCCUUUACUCAACGCACUGUAGUGACAAGCCUAAUAUGCUUUCACCACUGUCCUGAAACAUUGUCUAUCUAACAGAUUAUACAGAGAUUGAAUCCACCGAGAACCGGCCGUUAUGCCUUUCGGGUUUGUCUCUGCAUGGAACAAGCGCCGCAGAAGCAAGUCGCAAGAUCACACGGAUCCUUGGGUUUAUAAACCUGCUGAGUUAUGGAAACUUGAGGAUCAGACACCAGCGCCGCCGCCUACAAAACGACGUCAUGGAUCUUCAGUUUUCACACUCAAUGAAAUGGAAGAGGCAACCUCCUCUUUCAGUGAGGAAAAUUUUCUCGGAAAAGGCGGAUUUGGCCGAGUUUACAAGGGCACUCUGCGCUCAGGAGAGGUUGUAGCAAUCAAGAAAAUGGAGUUGCCGUCAUUUAAAGAAGCUGAUGGAGAAAGAGAGUUUCGUGUAGAAGUUGAUAUCUUGAGCCGGCUCGACCACCCAAAUCUGGUUUCAUUGAGAGGAUAUUGCGCUGACGGGAAGCACAGGUUUCUAGUGUAUGAAUAUCUGCAAAAGGGGAAUCUGCAGGAUCACUUAAAUGGAAUUGGAGAAGCGAAAAUGGAUUGGCCAAUGAGGGUCAAAGUGGCACUCGGGGCAGCAAGAGGACUAGCUUAUCUCCACUCAAGUUCUGCAGUUGGGAUACCUAUUGUUCACAGAGAUUUUAAAUCAACUAAUGUUCUCCUAAAUGACAAUUUUGAAGCAAAGAUAUCUGAUUUUGGACUAGCGAAGAUGAUGCCAGAAGGUCAGGAAAUAUUUGUGACAGCUAGGGUUCUCGGUACAUUUGGCUAUUUUGAUCCAGAGUAUACGUCGACGGGGAAACUGACUUUACAAAGUGAUGUUUAUGCUUUUGGAGUGGUUCUUCUUGAGCUUUUGACAGGACGUAGGGCUAUAGACUUGAGUCAGGGAUCAAGCGAUCAGAACCUUGUACUACAGGUUAGGCAUAUAUUGAAUGAUAGGAAGAAAUUGCGUAAGGUGAUCGACCCAGAAUUAAGUCGGAGUUCAUACACAAUGGAAUCUAUAGCCAUGUUUGCACACCUGGCUUCCCGCUGUGUUCGUAUUGAGAGCAGUGAAAGACCUUCAAUUACUGAAUGUGUAAAAGAACUACAAAUGACAAUAUAUACAAACUCGAAAGCCUUGGGCAUGGCAUUGCAUUCCUUCAAAAGCUCUAAUAGGGCCUAAUGUGUUAUCAGCAGACACAAACUGUAAUAUAUCAAUAGCACAAAUUUUCUAUAUUCCUUCAAUUGGGUGCUAAAACUUGGAAGCUAAGGGGCCUAUGAGUUUAAUGAUACAACGGAAAGGACAUGUAUAGAAUAAAACCUAGUACUUUAUCAGUUACAUAGUUGAAGAAGAUCUAGGAGGAGGGAUUCACAUGAACCUUAAAAGAAAAAAGUAUGAGGACCGCAGUCAGAAAGAAACUUUCACUUGUUCGUUUGGCUUAAAUCUAGAAUCAAUAUUUUUAAGUAGGAUUUUCUUUUUGCUGCGCUUAUUAGAGAUUAAUGUAUAUUAUAUCCUGCUCAAAGAAAGAGCAUAUAUUGGUUUCAAUAAAAUCUAUAAAACUAUUCAUCUUCUCUCUA